GCUAUCAGUUCAUUGUAAAAUACAUUGCGGGCAUGGUCAAGUGUACUUUACAUUUUUAUAGCAAGGUUUACAGUCGAAAUGGGUAUUCAAAUACCAAUAUUAGUAGAUUUUUACUUCCACCAACGGCUAUAAAUUAUCAAUAGAUUAAUCUUCAAGAUUUGCCAAAAUCCGUUCUAUUGACCCAUCGGUUAUUGUAAUAUCAUUAUACGUUUUAAAACGUUUGCGGCAAGAUGUGUAUAUAAAUUGAUUGGCCGAAAAGGAUUUGCGGACAUUAUUAAUAUUAAUAGACGUUUUUUGUCCAACUUCAAAAUGCGUACUGUUCGGAUACACUAUAGAGUUGCUGUUGCCAUGGUAUUUGUUUUGUUUUUGGCGUGGAUUACAUUAUCUUCUCUAUAUUCCGGAUAUUAUCGCAAGAGCAAUGUAGAUUUCACAUGGCAAAAUACUUUUGGAAUGGAGGACUUCCAGAGACAUUUUCCUAGUCACAAAAGUUUUAUGUUAAAAAAAUCUGACAAAGUUUCUACAAAUAUAAUGGAAAAAGUAACUGCAAUUGCAAAGUUUAUAAACAGUGCUAAGAAACAUGUAAGAGGCUCUAAAACCUCAGAUUUCUUAAAGAGUGCUUCGGAUACUAUGAAUUCUUUAUUAAUUGAUUUGAACAUUAAUCCUGCAACGCUGUACAAUAGGACAACCUAUAACCCUGUCAACGUUUGUCCUGAAACUUACAAGGGAACAACUUAUGGGUAUCCAUAUUUCUACAAGGGUUUUGAAGUCACAAAAUGUAAACAUGAAAUACCUAUCUGGAAACUUGUUACGAUUAUUAAACAUGUAAUUGUUUCAAAACAUAAUGAAAACAGAGUAUUAAAAGAAAUGAAACGGUUUCUUUCUUCAGUAUAUAGAACCAAUCCGAAGUAUAACGUCAUACUCUCUGCAAACAGUAUAAAGUUAUUGUCGGAUCUUAAAGUAAUGUACCCAAAGUUAUCUGCUUUGAAUAUUAAAGAUGUUUCGGAUGGAUUGGCUUUGAACAUGAUAGUUAGCAGAGUCAAAAGCCCAUAUGUGCUCGUUGCCAGAAAUAUUGAACUAUUUACCAAUGAUUCUAGAUUAGAGCGACUUAUACGAGCGAUAGAAAUGUUAAAUAUCAAAGUAGCUGGAGGCGCAAUUAGAAAUUCUGACGGACAUUGGAAAAAGGGAUGUUUCCAGGCUAUGUAUAGGAACUGGACAUUGAAGUAUUUGGAAGGAUAUGACGAGUCCCUACACGAGUGCUUGUUUUGUGAUUAUAUACAAGGUCCUUUUGUCACAUCUAAAGCUCAUUUAAAAAUCAAUACGUUUGAAAAUUUGAGUGAAACAGAAGGUUUAUAUGAAGAAUGGUUCCUUAGAAUAUCUCAGAAGUCUGACGAAACUGUGACAUGCCCUGAUUCAAUGUUUCAUGUUAACUCAUUACAGUCUAAACACGAUGGUGUUCUUAGUGCAUUUAUGAAAAAAUGGAAUUUAUUUAAAAUUGUUACACCAUAUAGAGAAACUGUAAUGCGAACCUGUGCACUUGAAUAUCAUGAUCCACACAAUACAAAGGCAUUAUCGCCUUGCUCUGUAAAAUCUAAUGCUCAUGCUGUUAAAACAAUAUUAAGAAAUUGUGAGAAAGCUGGUAUUAUUUGUGAGUUACAAGAAGGAACUGCUCUUGGAGCAGUAAAAUUCGAAAAAACUCUUCCAUGGGAAAGAGAUGCGGAUAUAACGUUCCUUACAGCCAACUAUUCUGAUUUUCAAAAACUUGAAACCGAUUUUAUAAAUGCAGCAUUUAAUUUUUCUGAUCUUGGAUCCCUUUGGUGCUGUGUAGACAACAGAAGUGCUGGCGGUAAAUUCAUGUUAGGAUUUAACGGUUGGAAUAUUGAAUUGUAUGGCCAGCAUAUCAUGGAUAGCGAGUUAUUAAUUCAAGAGGGAAUAAAGCCCACUAAAGUCCUUUUAGAUGGUCAAUGGGUAAACAUGCCCAGAAACCCUGGAUUAUUUGUAAGAAACAGAUACGGUAAAGAAAUUUACCAACAUGCUGAACAUUGGAUAAGCACAGGACAAUCGAGUGGAUGGAUUGACUACAAAACAAACGUUUUCACACCUUGUCUUAGCCCAGGAGAUCAUGAUUGCUUAGAUCGAUACAAUGCCGAUGGAGACUUGCCAUUUGUUGAAAUGCUUCCAUGAUAUAUGUGUAUUUACAAUAUCGAAUGAUCUAUAUUUAAAUUAUGAAUUCUGUUUAUUUGAUUUAAAAUAUUGAUGCAAAAUGAAACAAAAAAUGCUCUAUUAAAGAGGUGCUUCAACAAUGAUAUAUUUAAUUAAACAUGAGAAAUUAUCAAUAUACUCAUACAUUUUAUGUAUACAAGACACGCAUGUUUUAUACUUUCGUUACAUAUAUCACUGGUUUAAGUUGGCAUGUCUUCAGAUUUAAUACCAAU